UGGGAAGUUAAUUCAAGCCCGGCCAUAAUUUUUGGAUUUAUGAGAAAUUAUUUUUCAGUUUUCACCAGGCACCAGGCUCUUUAAUUUUGCAACAAUAUUCGAUGCAUCUAUAUUGCCUCACAUUGAAAGCCCAAAUCCGUGUUUAUGUUUAGGCGUAUAUCAAGUCAUCAGAGUUGCCAUAACUUUUUAAUAGAGGAUAAAAAUGAUAAAGGUAGGCAAUGUGUUUCUGAUUAGAAAUGUGCCAUCGGUGCAAAGUCUCUCUCAUCUAAUCAGUGAACGAAAACUUGGUGUGAAAACAAAUAUUGAUUGAUUAUGCUCAUUUGAAUAUGCACAGUCAAGGUUGAAUUUGCUUGGACUACGACUAUACAACUAGCAGUGUACUGUUGGCAUGCACACGCCCCACCGAACUGCACUGCAUGCACGGACGCAACGGAGAAAAUAGAUUUCAAACGACUUCCCAUUGAAUUGGUCAUAAUAGUACUUCUAAUACCACUAGGACGCGAAGGUGACGCAGGCAAUUUCGUAGGAUAAAAGAAAUGGAGGAUGAUAUAUAGGUGUACCUUAUCUUGAAAGGACAUUUCUAUUGCGGAUAGCCACCGAACAAAGGGGGAUUUCAAGUGGGUGUGACUCAAGAUGUAAUAAUUGGAAGCAAGCGAAAACAGGAACAGAAUAUAAUAUUCAGCGCGUGUAUACUACCAGCUAGAGAGAGAGCACUGCGAUCAACAGUCAUUCAUGUUCCAGUUGGUGCGACAAGUGAAUAUACCGACUUUUUUAGAAGAGAUGUUACUUGGAGGAAUAUAAGUCCUUAAAUAAGAUGCCUCAUUGACUGAACUUCCUUUGACGAUUUGCAGUACACUGUGACUUGAAUAUAUUUUGGAGAAUCAUAAUAAUGUUCUGACCGACUCUAACUAUUAAACUAAAGCGCUACAUUAUCCAAAAUGGCGACUGACCAACAAGAUGGCGAUCCUAGUCCUGAGACGGACAUCCACAGUGUACAGUUCAUGGAAGAGUUUACCACCUGCCCGAUAUGUGAACGUGAAUACGAAGACCCACGGAUGCUGUCUUGUUUACAUACCUACUGCAGGAGCUGCAUUGAGAAGAAGCAAAAGCAAAAUGGUGGGAAUUUCUCUUGUGAAUUGUGUAAGGACGGGACGGUUGUAAAAACGUCAGCGGUCAACUUGGCGAUUAAUACGAUGGUUGCCAAAAUGAAGUCGAUGUUGACGGGAGACCAAGUUGAGUCGAGCACGGAAUCCGAAUCGGAUACAAGUAUUGCAGAAAAGACAUGUACUUCCUGUGAGAAAGGUAAUGUCGCGACGUGCCGAUGCCAAGACUGUCGAGAGUUUAUGUGUAAGGCUUGCAAGAGGGCGCAUAAUAAUGUCAAGAUCUUACGUGAUCACACGGUAGUGACUAUGGAGGAAUGGCAGAAGAUGAAGGAGAAAGAUCCUCAUCUUGACGAUACAAACACAGUCAACAAACUAUGCCUCGAACACAAAGAGCCCAUAUCUUUAUUCUGCGAGAAAUGUUCACAGUUGGCAUGCAGUGAUUGCGUUGUUCUGUACCACAAAGGGGAGAAGCACCGAUGUGUUGCUAUCGAGGAAGCUGCUGCUUCGAGGAAGCAAGAACUGGAGGCUUCAAUCCGCAAGACGCAACAGACUGCAGCUAAGUUCCGUGGAGCGUGGGAAAUUCUUGAGAAGACACGAAAUGAGUUGAAGGGCAGCGCAGAACAGCUUCGUACUGAGAUCAGAGAGGCAAUCAAGAAUGAGAAAGACGACUUGGAGGUUCGUGAGGAACGGUACAUAGGAAAUGUAGAUUCUGUUGUCAAAAAGAACGAUGAUAAAAUCGAAGAACACAUCGAUAAAAUUGAAAUGGGCUUAGAAAAGUUGGCAACAGCUUUUGAGCUCGGAGAGAGUGUUCUUGACUUUGGAGACGAGUAUCAUUUAUUGUCAUUAGAUCAUGCAGUGCGAACAAGGCUUGCGAACUUACAGAAGCUUCAACCAAGGCUUCCUUCAGAGGACCUGAGCAUCAUUGAUAUAGCCGAAAUCACAGGAGAAGAUGCAGCAGAUGAAAGUGAUGAAAUGGACGGACUAAAGAGUGAAUCGACUGAAUCAGAGCAGGAAAUCAGUGAGGACACGACACCAGUGUGGGAGCUUGCAUCUACAAUUGGGGCUCCAGGUUCCAAAGAGGGGCAGUUUGAUUGGUGUAGAGGCGUCUCGGUAUCUUUAGAUGGGCACACUAUUGUCGCCGACUGGGGAAAUGAUCGCGUGCAGGUGCUAGACAAAGAUGGGAAAUUCGUAUGCCUGUUAAACUCGGACAAGAAACCUGAUGGGAAGCUUUCGAUGCCUCAAGAUGUGGCAUGUCUUCCUGAUGGUCGAUUCGUUGCUGUUGAUAAAUCAAAGUUUGUCCGCAUAUAUGACCCUCAGGGACGCUUCUAUCUUCGUUUCGAGACAUCAAGCAAAGACGAAGAAGUAAAAAUGUUGGACGUCGAACUAGCAUGCGUCACCGUAGACCGUCGGAACCGAAUCCUUGUUGGUGACUGUAAGCGUAACGUCAUCACGUUCCAUUACGCCGACGGCACCCUUUUGAAGACACUCCCUGUUGUUGGUCCCAGUCACAUUGCAACCGAUCAUCGAGAUCGCAUCGUUGUCAGCUGUCCCAGGAAGCAAAAAAUCAGAAUCAUGACAAAGGAAGGUAAACUCCUUUUGGCUAUCGAUUCAUACGGUGAAACUGGAAAGUUGAAGCCAAGCGGGGUUUGCUGUGAUGCCGAGAACAACAUAUUUGUUGUCCACAAAGAACGUGGAAGUGAGAAAGGUGUUCACAUGUACACCGAUCGGGGGCAGUAUGUAGCGUGUGUGGCUACAGCUUUCAGGGAGCCAUUCGACGUGUGCCUAUCACCUGAAGGACAUGUUGUUGUUUCUGAUGAGGAUACCAUCAAAGUGUUCCGCAAGAAACCCAAAGGUUCAUCUUCGGAUUGACCGGCCGAUCAGAUUCUGUAAAGACUAUAGUUUAUCGAAUUUUUUUAUCAAGAAAACAUGUCGAGGUGAUUUAUGAUUGAAUUGGUGAGCAGUGGUUGAUCAAAUUUUCAACCUUUUGUACACUUUCUUCACCAAAACUUUCUGCAUUUUUUGAAAUAUUGGUGUCUAAUGAUCAAUGUGUUAAAGACGAAUUAUUUUAUUUUUAUUUUUAAGAGCGUCCACCCACCAAAAAUCAACAAAAUUUGCCUUGAGAUUUUUUUUUUAAUUCGCUUAUAUAGGCCAAUACAAGAGAAUGCUGCGAACUUUGGGAGAAUUUGUCACAAUCAAUAAUCACUUACCGAACUGGCAACUCCAAUUUUGUAUAGAUAAUAAUUUUGAAAAUAUUCCAUCCUUUUCCCGAUCUAUUUCAAACUUUUACAAUUUUUCCCCCAGUUCUUACGUUCCCCUCAAAUCAUUAUUGAAGACUUGAAGUAUCACAAUGGUGUGAUAAUGCACAUUUAAUAUUUGAUUGUAGAAGACUAUACAGACCUAAUCCAAGGCAUCGGUAACCUGAUAUCAUCAUCUGCUGACGUCGAUUCGGGAACUAAUUUUUUUCAAUUUUAUACAUUCUGACCAAUAUUUUUGAUUAUUUCUUUUAAUUUGGUAAAUCGGUCAUAUUCACCACAGGGGUGCAGGGUUUUUUCACCUACGAUAAAAGCUAACUCUGCUUUGGAGGCAUUAAAUCAGACUAAAAAUCUUGGACUUGUAUUUUUUUCAGAGUCUUGCUUCAAUUUUUAAAUU